AUUCAGCUGACCAGAUCACGGGCUCAUAGGCAGGAGUAAAGCAAAAAGACGACGAGUGACGAAAAAGAAAUUUUACUAAAAAAUAAAUAGUUUUAUAUAAAUGCAGAGACUUUCUUCUCUCGUAAGACCUCUAUCAAGGCCUGCUGGGCCCUUACUGCGUCAGCUUUACCAAGCAAGAGAUGCAUCUACCUUGGUUGUAACAGAACAUAAUGACCAACAUCUGGCUCCAAUAACUUUAAAUGCUAUAACAGCAGCAAAUAAACUUGGAGGGGAAGUCUCUGCUUUGGUUGUUGGCUCAAAUUGUGGACCUAUUGUAGAAGAACUGAGCAAAGUUCAAGGGAUAAAUAAGAUUCUUGUGGCUCAGAAUGAUGCAUAUAAGGGCUUUUUACCAGAGGUCCUGACUCCUUUGAUAGUCGCCUCACAGAAACAGUUCAGCUAUUCUCACAUCGCUGCUGGGGCAACAGCUUUUGGAAAGAGUCUUCUUCCAAGGGUUGCAGCCCUUCUUGAUGUUGCACCUUUAUCAGAUGUUACAGAGAUCAAGUCAGAAGACACCUUCGUCAGAACUAUAUAUGCUGGUAAUGCAGUCACCACUGUGAAAUCUAAUGACACCAUAAAGGUGUUUACUGUCAGAGGUACAGCAUUUGAACCAGCACAGGCUGAUGGUGGUGCUGUGGCUAGUGAAAAUGCCCCAGAAGCAGAUACAAGUAAUGAUCUGUCGGCAUGGGAGUCACAAGAUCUGACUGUCAGCGACAGACCAGAACUGACCAGUGCUAAAGUUGUCAUAUCUGGUGGUAGAGGAUUGAAGAGUGGAGAUAACUUUAAAAUCCUGUAUGACCUUGCUGAGAAAUUCAAUGCUGCUGUUGGUGCAUCCCGUGCAGCAGUAGAUGCUGGAUUUGUUCCUAAUGACAUGCAAGUUGGACAGACUGGAAAAAUGGUGGCCCCUGAGCUAUAUGUUGCUGUUGGUAUAUCUGGUGCCAUUCAACAUUUGGCUGGAAUGAAGGAUAGCAAGGUAAUUGUGGCCAUCAACAAAGAUCCAGAAGCUCCUAUUUUCCAAGUUGCUGACUAUGGACUUGUUGAAGAUUUGUUCAAGGCUGUCCCAGAAAUGACUGGAAAGAUUUAAACCGAUUCUUUUCCUAUUACAUGUAAUCCAUGUCUCUCCUUGUCUCUUUGGGUUUAUUGUACAAAUGUUGUCGUGUAUUUUAUUCUCCUCUUAAUAAAUAGAAUCUUAAUACAGUUGCAGUUUUAA